GAAGGGUUUCAAACGGAACUGGUGUGGAUCAGCUUUUGUUGUCUCACAGGAAGAAACUCAGCUUUCACCACAGCCACGGCCCUCCAGGACAUCUUCCUGUGGAACCAACAGCUAGGACCAACCUAAGACUUGCAGGCACAGCAAUGGAGAAUUUGGAUGUCCCAAUCCCAGAUCUUACUGAAGAACAGCAAGACAUUUUUCAGAGAGCUUUUGCUGCUGAUGCCAAGUACUUGGAGAAUCAUGAGAAAAUGAACCAGUCCUUCUGGGAAUCACUUGUGAAAUGCUUGGCCACUACUGACCCACCUAUCCUGAAUACUGAAGAAAAGAACAAUCUCCUUAACAGCUGUGAUGUGCUCCCUGAAGGCUGUGCUGCCUGCCUGAAAGCCAUAGAGAAGAAAGGAGCCAGGGCAAUGGUUCUUCUUUACCUUUUGCUGAAGACUUCCAAGCCAUCUGGGUACAGGCAGCUGCCCAGCUCCAAGGGAAAGGAUGAAAAAUUGAAACUCCUGAAGAGUUUGGAAAGGAAUUUUCUAUAUUCAGAAGAGGACAAAAAGUCUGAAAACUCAGCCCAGGAGUCCAUGGAUGAAGAUGCACAAGACAGUGAUGAGGAAGAUUUAGGAAUACAGAAGACUGAAGGCCAGUUACUUGGAGGAAUACCAGCAGAGGUGGUUCCUUACAGAGAUUCAGAGAUUGCUAGAAGUGAAGAUUCAGAUGUAGAUGCUUAUGAGGAGAGCACUCACCCCCCUCAGUGCACAGUACGGUGGAUGGGCAUACGGAAGGAUGAUGAAUUCUUUCAUUUUGUCAUUCUUUGCUUUGCAAUUGGAGCUUUACUAGUUUGCUACUACUACCACAAAGAUUGGACUAUUUCUCUUGGGAUUGGUUUAAUCACCUUUGCUUCCCUGGAAACCACUGGGAUAUACUUUGGUCUAGUGUACCGAAUUCGGAGUGUCCUUGACAGCUUUGUUCCUCUGAUUGACAGAUUCAGGCCAAGAGGCAUGAGGAAAGCUGCCUAGGAGGAGUAUUUCAGGAGAGUUCCUCAAACCUGGCUGUCCAAAUUUCCAGUGCUAAAGGAACUGCUUUAUGAGGUGAACCUAACAACCAAAUGGCCAAUGUGAAAUACUGAAAUGUGAAACCUCUGAAAAGCAUCAC